GCUUACAUACUACUUACGGAAGAGCGAAAAUAUUAAAUAAUUACAGAAAAUGCGCUUAUCUAAUUUGCGGUUACUGCUGAUCCUGCUUGGCAUGAUAAGCUACUCACUUGCACUUAACGGUGAGUGCACGGUGAGAAGAGGCAAUCGACGUGUACGCGUUUGUUGUAAAGGAUACAUUAAAGUGAGAACUGGGUGCAAACCUUACUGCUCUAAGGGCUGUGAGAAUGGGCUCUGCAUCAAACCGGAAGUGUGUGCGUGUAAACCUGGCUACGAGAAACAAAAUAAUCAUCGUUGCAUACCACACUGCGAUAAGUGCACGCGAGGCACCUGCAUUGCGCCGAAUGUAUGCAAGUGCAGUACCGACUAUGCGCUGAACGCCACUGGUGUCUGUGCGCCCGUCUGUAAGCCAGACUGCAAAAACGGUGAAUGCAUUGCGCCGAACAAAUGCAACUGCUUUCCCGGAUAUCAAGCAAAUGCCAAUGGUGACUGUGUGCCCAAGUGCGAAAAUGGCUGCGAGAAUGGUGUCUGCCAAGCGCCAAAUCAGUGCGCGUGCAAAAGCGGCUACGAAAAAGAUUCCAGUGGUCGGUGCCGUCCGAUUUGUCAAGGCGGUUGCCAUCAUGGCAUAUGUCGCGCCCCAAAUGUGUGCGAGUGUUCCAAGGGGUACCACAAAUCUGGCAAUAAAACGUGUAUCCCGUUUUGUGGUGACGAAUGUAUUAAUGGAAAUUGCGUAGAGCCGAACGUUUGUAAAUGUAAGCAAGGAUAUGAAAAGGAAUCGUAUAAUAUUUGCAGACCUAUCUGUAAACAAAAUUGCGGAAAUGGUAAAUGUAUUGCACCAAACUUGUGCGCAUGUAAUAAGGGCUAUGAAAUGGUUAAAGAAAAAUGCUUACCAAUUUGCUCGAGUAAUUGUCCGAAUGGUCGGUGCGUUGCGCCAGAUACCUGUGUGUGUAACAAAGGAUAUCUUAUGAGCGCUUCGAACGUCUGUGAUCCAGUUUGUAUCAGCGGUUGUCCGAAUGGUCGGUGCGUUGCGCCAGAUACCUGUGUGUGUAACAAAGGAUAUCUUAUGAGCGCUUCGAACGUCUGUGAUCCAGUUUGUAUCAGCGGUUGUCCGAAUGGUCGGUGCGUUGCGCCAGAUACCUGUGUAUGUAACAAAGGUUAUCUUAUGAGCACUUCGAACGUAUGUGACCCAUUUUGUACCAGCGGUUGUCCAAAUGGUCGGUGCGUUGCUCCGAAUAUCUGUGUGUGUAACAAAGGAUUUCUUGAGAGCGCUCAAAACGUCUGUGAUCCAGUUUGUACUAGCGGUUGUCCAAAUGGUCGGUGCGUUGCGCCAGAUACCUGUGAGUGCAACGAAGGAUAUCUUAUGAGCGCUCAAAACGUCUGUGAUCCAGUUUGUUCCAGCGGUUGUCCAAAUAGUCGAUGCGUUGCUCCGGAUACUUGUGAGUGCAACGAAGGAUAUCUUAUGAGCGCUCAAAACGUCUGUGAUCCAGUUUGUUCCAGCGGUUGUCCAAAUGGUCGGUGCGUUGCGCCAGAUACCUGUGAGUGCAACGAAGGAUAUCUUAUGAGCGCUCAAAACGUCUGUGAUCCAGUUUGUACUAGCGGUUGUCCGAAUGGUCGGUGCGUUGCGCCAGGUACCUGUGAGUGCAACAAAGGAUAUCUUAUGGGCGCUUCGAAUGUCUGUGAACCAGUUUGUUCUAGCGGUUGUCCGAAUGGUCGGUGCGUUGCGCCAGGUACCUGUGAAUGCAACGAAGGAUAUCUUAUGAGCGCUCAAAACGUCUGUGAUCCAGUUUGUACUAGCGGUUGUCCAAAUGGUCGGUGCGUUGUGCCAGAUACCUGUGAGUGUAACGAAGGAUAUCUUAUGAGCGCUCAAAACGUCUGUGAUCCAGUUUGUUCCAGCGGUUGCCCAAAUGGGCGAUGCGUUGCGGCAGAUACCUGUGAAUGUAACGAAGGAUAUCUUAUGGGCGCUUCGAAUGUCUGUGAACCAGUUUGUUCUAGCGGUUGUCCGAAUGGUCGGUGCGUUGCGCCAGAUACCUGUGAAUGUAACGAAGGAUAUCUUAUGAGCGCUUCGAACGUCUGUGAUCCAGUUUGUACCAGCGGUUGUCCGAACGGUCGGUGCGUUGCUCCGGAUAUCUGUGAGUGCAGUAAAGCAUAUCUUCUGAGCGCUUCGAAUGUCUGUGAACCAGUUUGUUCUAGCGGUUGUCCGAAUGGUCGGUGCGUUGCGCCAGGUACCUGUGAGUGCAACGAAGGAUAUCUUAUGAGCGCUCAAAACGUCUGUGAUCCAGUUUGUACUAGCGGUUGUCCAAAUGGUCGGUGCGUUGCGCCAGAUACCUGUGUGUGUAACAAAGGAUAUCUUAUGAGCGCUUCGAACGUCUGUGAUCCAGUUUGUAUCAGCGGUUGUCCAAAUGGUCAAUGUAUAACUCCUAAUACUUGCCAAUGUGUGGAAGGAUAUAUAUCCAACGCUUUGGAUGUUUGUGAACCCGUUUGUUCUACUGGAUGUUUAAAUGGGCAUUGCAUAGCUCCGGAGAAAUGUGAAUGUUUAGAAGGAUUUGCAAAAACCGAAAUAGGAACUUGUAAAGCUGUCUGCUUGAAUGGCUGUCUGAAUGGUCAGUGUGUUUUACCGAAUAGAUGUGAAUGUCUUGCAGGUUAUGUGUUUAAUAAGCAAAAUGUUUGCGAACCAGUUUGUUCAACGGGGUGUCAAAGCGGCUCGUGUGUGGCGCCGGAGACAUGCAAGUGUAACUUUGGAUUUGCGAUGUCCCCGCUUAACAGUUGUGAACCCGUUUGUGAAGGUGGUUGUGUUGACGGCAAUUGCAUUGCACCUGGAGUGUGCAGCAAUAAACCUUUAGAUUCGGUAUUUAGUAGUAGCACUAGUGGCUAUAUUCUAACAACAACGUUAUUGUCGAGUUCUUUUGAUAAUGACGACGAUAGCGAUGAUGACUAUAGCGAUAGCGGGGAAGGAAGAGACGAUAGCGAAUCUUCUGGAGAUAGCAGUGAGACAAACGCCUUUUUUGAAGCAAAGUAUCAUUGCAACCACCACUGUAUUCACGGAACUUGUCACGGCGAUAGCUGUGUGUGCGACGAAGGUUAUGAGCUGCAGUUGCAGGAAGACAAAGAUGUCUGUGUUGCCAUCUUACUUGCAAGAACUGGAGUUCUGAAAUCUUUUCGAUUAUAUAUCAUACUCGGAGUGCUUUCCUUACCGCUGGCCCUGCUGGUGUUGUUGUUGAUUUGUCGGAUCAGUUGUGAGAAGACGUAUAAUGUGGCGAAGAGAGAAAACCAGAUUGGUCUGAAGAACAUGUCGCGGAACGUGGACAUAGUAAGAGUACCUUAGUAAGAAGUACUUUGGGAUCUGUUUAUGUGUGUAUAUUACAACGUUAAUUUUUAAAUGAUCUUCAUAUUUGUAAAUAAAUAGUGUAGGUAAAGAAGCGUGAAAAAAUAUUAAUAAAAAUGCUAUAAGUUUCGUAAUCUAAGUACA